ACAGCGUUCGUGACAUGCUCGUGUGACGUCACCAUGACGGGCUCAUCCUCGUGGUCGGAGGACGCUCCGGGCGCCGACAUCCUUGACCUGGACCGCUACAUGCGCGGCACCCGGCCCGCGCGCCGUCCGCAGAGGAACAUAAGCAGUACUGGGCUGGUGGUGGACGCGGGCGCGGCGGGGCGGCCCGCCAGCCCGACCGGUGACUCCAGCUCGGCCUCCGAGCCGCCCGGGCCGUCCGGGCUGUCCGACAAGCGCUUCUCGCACGACUCUGGCCUGUCCGACACCAGCUACCGGCGGGCUAGUCGCCAACCAAGACAUCAUAGAGCAGACACCGUCAGCAAGAAUGACGCCGCGACGCCGCGGCGGAGCAACACGAGCGGCGGCAAGGCAACGCGGCGAGGAAAGACCGGUGAAGCUCGACGAGGCAACAGCGGCGAGGCGCGGCGAGGCAAAAGCGGCGAGCCUCAACGAAGCAACAGCGGCGAGACGAGGCGAGGCAAGAGCCGCGAGGCGCGACGUAGCACCAGUGGCGAGGCGAGGCGAGGCAAGAGCCGCGAGGCACGACGUGGCAAGGGCGGCCGCGAGGCGCGCCUCUCGUCCGAGUCCAGAAGCAGUUUCCGCGAGUCGUUGGAGCAUGCGUUGCGCGAUCAGCAGGCAAGAUUUUGUUAA